AUGUGGAUAUCCACCAACAUUGGCUCCGCCAACGAGCUCAACGUGCUCGUACAAGGGUACGAUCUAGGGGGGGCUAGCAGCUCGGCGCAGGUCGGAGAAACCUCGCCCCAGGUAGAGCCCGGAACGGAAGAAAUGCUCGGCUCGGUAGUUGAAUACGUUACUCUACGUGGUUAG